AAACUGAUAUUUAGUCAGUUAGUGGACGCAGAGUGAUGUGGUCAUACAAAUCAUUGCUUUCUCAAAGAAAUUGUUUCUUUUUAUUUUGUUAAAAAAGAAAAAGAAAAAAUAAUUUAUCAGCCGUCGUUGUCGUUCUCUGUUUCAGUUCGAAAAGAAGUUAAAUUCAAAUUUCAUUGAUAAAUUAAUAAAUUUGUUUUGUAAUUUUCUUCUGUUCGUUUUCGAUUUCCAUUCAAAGUGUAAAUGCACUAAGUGAAGUCAACGCAACAGCGGGAUAAUAAUAAUAAAAAAAGUUAAAUCUCCAGAAAAUACGCAAAGAUUGUUAUUGAAUUCAGGUCUUUGGAAUGUUAAUGACAAGCCCGACAAAAUAUACUGUGCAGGAAAUUGAAGUGUCAGUUGUAAUUGUGAAUUUAGAUUUGGGGAGUUUUCUCCCCCAAAUUGUUAAAAUCGCCGAUAAUUUGAUAGCAGACGAAAAUUGAAGAAAAAAAAAAUUAUUGAAAAACGUGUCGGUACACAAGUGCUGGAAGAAUUGAAAUAAAAAUAAAAAUAAAAAAAUCAUUGGGCGAAUAGUGAAUAAUGGCUUCAUUUAUGUAUACAGUAUUUUCGAUGGCUCAAGUAGCCUCGUUACAUUGUUCCGUACGGCGGGAGAUCUCGCCGUGUACAUGUGCUCCACAUGAAUAUUCAACGGACACGAUAUACGUUAAUUGCGAAGGAGUCGGUUCGUUCAAUCAAGUUUUCGAUGCAUUGCAAAAUAAACUGAAUCCGGAUUUGAACAUUUGGCUGAAGAUCACGCAUUCACAAUUGGAAGAUCUGGAGACAAGGACAUUCAACGAUAUGAACAUUAAGAUAAAGAAUCUAAAGCUAAACUACGAUCAAUUGAGUACGCUACCUGAAUCAUCAUUUCGAAAUCUUUCGCAAGUGGAAUAUCUUGGACUGUCGGAGAAUUUUCUGGAAGAAAUACCACGGCAUAUGUUAAACCAUAUGCCGUACGUGGCAACGCUUGAUUUGGGCAUUUGUCGAAUUCGACAAGUUUACUCGGAAGAUUUGCGCAUGUUAAAAUAUCUUCGACAUUUGGUGUUGGUGAGCAAUCAUUUAUCAAUGCUGGAAAAGGACUCAUUACCCAAGACGAUAAGUUAUUUGCACCUCGGCCGCAACAAUUUGACAUCGUUGAAUGGAACGUUGCGUGAAUUGCAGGACAUGGAGGUUUUGUUCGUAAACAACAAUCACUUGACGUCAUUGGAUGAUGAGCUGCCAUUAGGUUCGAAAAGAUUAAUGAUGAUCAUUGCCCAUCACAACGAAUUGGAACACCUGCCUCAAGAGUUUCGAAAUCUGUCACACUUGGACUCGUUGUACUUCAACGAUAACAAAUUGGUGGCAUUAGAUGGUGUCUUCAAGUAUGGAAGUAACAUUCAAGUGUUGUAUGCAUACAAGAAUAGAAUUGAGUAUCUGGCUGAAGACGAGUUUCUUGACGUUGAUCGAAUGGAGGUCCUAGACUUGGGCUACAAUUACAUCAAAUCGUUGAACGGAUCGCUACAACCUUUAAAAAGUUUGCGUCAAGCCAAUUUUACGAACAACUUAUUGGGGGAAUUUUCGUUAAACGACAUUCGAGGCCUGAAAUACUUGAAAGUAAUCGAUCUAUCGUACAAUCGUAUCGAAAAGUUGAGUGGCAAAAUGGAGAAUAUUGUUGAGCCGGACUCGUACAUCUUCGAAUUGCGUUUGGAGCAUAACUUGAUCAAGUCACUGGACGGCAGUAUGAUGGGUUUGAAUAAGUUACGAGUUUUAAGUUUGUCCCACAAUUUGUUACGAGUAAUUUCACCCGACGAUCUGAUCGGAUUGGAAGAAUUGGAAAUAUUGGAUAUAUCCCACAAUGAUUUGCAGACGCUAGAGGAAACAUCAAAGUCUUUCUUGCCGAAACUCGAAAAAUUGGACGCAUCCUUUAACAAUUUAACCAAAUUAGAGAAAGAUUUCCACGGACUUCCAGUCUUGUGUUUGGCCGAUCUAUCAAACAAUAGGAUAACUUCAAUAUCCCCGGAACUUGUCGCAAAAACACGAUGCAGCAACCACGGAGUCUUAAAUAAAUUAGAAAUUCUACUGCAAGAAAAUCCCAUACUCUGCCAGGAUGAAUUACCGGUUUUGAUAGCAAUGAUGGAAGCACAAGAAGCCCGACUAUUAGGAAUAGCUCAUUGCAUCAUACGACAAACAGAAAUCGCUCAGAGCUCACAAAUUUUCCUAACACCUCCGAUUCCACUGUUACCCAUGCUGAAAGCUCAAAUUCCAAUAAUACCCAACAAUAUAAUGCAUCCGUCACCGUCUAUCGUACAAGUGAUAAUGCCAGCUCCAAUAAUACUACAACCAGCUCCCGUUGAACAGACAACAGUGAUUUCAUCAACAAUACCUCCCUCAACAACACUAUCAACAUCGUCGUCGUCGACAUCAUCAACAACUGAAUUAUCACCAGUAACAACAGAAACACCAUUAACAACUACAAUACCACCCACAAGUACAAUAGCCACAUCUACCGAAUCAUCAGUCAGUGAAAUUGAGACGUUACCGGCAAUUGAUAUACGAUCAUCAAUUGAAGCAACGUCAACUCCAGCCGGUACACCCGUUGCAUCAUCGACGGUCGACACAGACAAUUCUGUGGAUGAAAACUUUUCACCCAUACCGCAAGUGCUAGGUCCGUCACCAGAUCGAGCACAACAACUGUUGGAACCGGAAGAACCGCCGGAAAUAUUUCAUGAUGAAAGUUUGCCGGCCAAGUGAACAGUGGAACGUGUGUGUGUUGAAAGGAGAUUGAGAGAAGGAAAUAGGAGAUCAAAAAGUUGUUAAAUUUUUGUUUGUUAAUUUUUUUUUUUUCAAAUAGCUAUGGAAAGAGGAAGAUAAAUUAAUUUUUAGAAUGAAAAAAGAAAAUGAAUAAUAAAUCAACUGAUUGGACACAAAAUAUGCAUCAUGUAGAUAAAUGAUUGAUUGUUUAGAUUUGAUUUAAAAAAAAAAAACUCAUAAAAUGCGACAGAUGCAUAGAUGGUUAACACUCUUUCGCUCUCAUAUAAAAAUAUCUCUAAUGUGUUAUGUAGAAUUCGUUUCGACACUCUGUUCUUUUCGUGUUGCUUUAUCGCAAGCAUGACCAAUUGAUUUCGAUCAACGAGUUUAAUUAUUAAAUGUAUAUCACACCAUGACUAUAAUGUAAUAAGAUGAGAUUUGACUCUCAAAAGUAAAAAUGAAAUUGAAGAGAAGAAAAAAAUAAUAAUUUUGAAAUGAUUUUAUUGCACCCGACAAAUUUUCUCAAAUUUUUAUAUUAGUUAGGUUUAUUAUUAUCUAUAUUAUGGAAGGCAUUUUUAGUCAGAAUAUAAAAUGUAACUAAAAUAUUGACAAAAUGAAAAACAUAUAACUUGGAGUACAAUAAGAUAUGAAUUUACCAUAUUUAAAUUGAGAGAACAAAAAAAAAACAAAUUUAAUUUAAGGAAUCAAUAAAAAUG